AAUCCGCGCGGCGCUGCCUGCGGGCGUGCUGGUACUUCACUGGAGACUCUGCGCCCAGGCGUGCCGCCCCAGGAACCGCGAGAAGGUCUCCGCAGCCUGCCGCUUAUCCAUCCAUCCAUCCAUCCAUCCAUCCAUCCAUCCAUCCAUCCAUCCAUCCAUCCAUCCAUCCAUCCAUCCAUCCAUCCGUCUGUCCAUCCCUUGCGCAGCGCUCGCUCCCCAACCGCCCCAGCCACCCAGCGACAUGAAUCAGAUAGAGCCCGGCGUGCAGUACAACUAUGUCUACGACGAAGAUGAGUACAUGAUCCAGGAGGAGGAGUGGGACCGCGACCUGCUCCUCGACCCGGCCUGGGAGAAGCAGCAGAGGAAGACGUUCACUGCCUGGUGCAACUCACACCUGCGGAAAGCUGGCACCCAGAUCGAGAACAUAGAGGAGGAUUUCAGGAAUGGCCUCAAGCUCAUGCUGCUUCUAGAAGUCAUCUCAGGGGAAAGGCUGCCCAAACCUGACCGGGGCAAAAUGCGGUUCCACAAGAUUGCGAAUGUCAACAAGGCUUUGGAUUACAUAGCCAGCAAGGGAGUGAAACUGGUAUCUAUUGGGGCUGAAGAAAUAGUCGAUGGCAAUGUGAAAAUGACUCUGGGUAUGAUCUGGACCAUUAUCCUCCGCUUCGCCAUUCAGGACAUCUCAGUGGAAGAAACAUCUGCCAAAGAAGGCCUGCUGCUAUGGUGUCAGAGGAAGACAGCUCCAUACAGAAAUGUGAAUAUACAGAACUUCCACACCAGCUGGAAAGAUGGCCUUGGACUCUGUGCCCUCAUCCACAGACACCGGCCCGACCUCAUUGACUACUCAAAGCUUAACAAGGAUGACCCCAUAGGAAACAUUAACCUGGCCAUGGAAAUAGCAGAGAAGCACUUGGAUAUCCCUAAGAUGUUGGAUGCUGAAGACAUUGUCAACACUCCCAAACCCGAUGAAAGAGCCAUCAUGACUUACGUUUCCUGCUUCUACCAUGCUUUCGCGGGAGCGGAGCAGGCCGAGACAGCAGCUAACAGAAUAUGUAAGGUUCUUGCUGUGAAUCAAGAGAAUGAGAGGCUGAUGGAAGAAUAUGAGAGGCUAGCGAGUGAGCUGUUGGAGUGGAUUCGGCGCACAAUCCCAUGGCUGGAGAACAGGACGCCCGAGAAGACCAUGCAGGCCAUGCAGAAGAAGCUGGAGGACUUCCGGGAUUACCGCCGCAAGCAUAAACCCCCCAAGGUGCAGGAGAAGUGCCAGCUGGAGAUCAACUUCAACACGCUGCAGACCAAACUACGGAUCAGCAACCGGCCAGCUUUCAUGCCCUCCGAGGGCAAGAUGGUGUCGGACAUUGCAGGUGCCUGGCAGAGGUUGGAGCAGGCUGAGAAGGGCUAUGAGGAGUGGCUAUUGAAUGAGAUUCGAAGACUGGAGCGCUUGGAGCACUUGGCCGAGAAGUUCAGGCAGAAGGCCUCCACGCACGAGACAUGGGCUUAUGGCAAAGAACAGAUCUUGCUGCAGAAGGAUUAUGAGUCUGCGUCUCUGACGGAAGUUCGAGCCCUACUUCGGAAGCAUGAGGCCUUCGAGAGUGACCUGGCUGCACACCAGGACCGCGUGGAGCAGAUUGCUGCCAUUGCUCAGGAGCUCAAUGAAUUGGACUAUCACGAUGCUGUGAACGUCAAUGAUCGGUGCCAGAAAAUUUGCGACCAGUGGGAUAGAUUGGGGACGCUCACCCAGAAGAGGAGGGAGGCCUUGGAGAGAACAGAGAAGUUGCUAGAAACAAUUGACCAGCUGCACCUGGAGUUUGCCAAGAGAGCCGCGCCCUUCAAUAACUGGAUGGAGGGUGCCAUGGAGGACCUGCAGGACAUGUUCAUUGUCCACAGCAUCGAGGAGAUCCAGAGUCUGAUCACCGCGCAUGAGCAGUUCAAGGCCACGCUGCCCGAGGCAGAUGGGGAGCGGCAGUCCAUCCUGGCCAUCCAGAACGAGGUGGAGAAGGUGAUCCAGAGCUACAACAUCCGGAUCAGCUCCAGCAACCCCUACAGCACCGUCACCAUGGAUGAGCUGCGCAACAAGUGGGACAAGGUGAAGCAGCUGGUGCCCGUCCGGGAUCAGUCCCUGCAGGAGGAGCUGGCUCGCCAACAUGCUAAUGAGCGACUGCGGCGCCAGUUUGCUGCCCAGGCCAAUGCCAUUGGGCCCUGGAUCCAGAACAAGAUGGAGGAGAUUGCUCGGAGCUCCAUCCAGAUCACAGGGGCCCUGGAGGACCAGAUGAACCAGCUGAAGCAGUACGAACACAACAUCAUCAACUACAAGAACAACAUCGACAAGCUAGAAGGCGACCACCAGCUCAUCCAGGAAGCCCUGGUCUUCGACAACAAGCACACGAACUAUACCAUGGAGCAUAUCCGUGUCGGAUGGGAGUUGCUGCUGACAACUAUCGCCAGAACCAUCAAUGAGGUGGAGACCCAGAUCCUGACAAGAGAUGCCAAGGGCAUCACCCAGGAGCAGAUGAAUGAGUUCAGAGCCUCCUUCAACCACUUUGACAGGAGGAAGAACGGCCUGAUGGAUCAUGAGGACUUCAGAGCCUGCCUCAUUUCCAUGGGCUAUGACUUGGGUGAAGCUGAAUUUGCCCGCAUUAUGACUCUGGUUGACCCCAACGGACAAGGCACGGUCACUUUCCAGUCCUUCAUCGACUUCAUGACUAGAGAGACCGCAGAUACUGACACGGCAGAGCAGGUCAUCGCCUCCUUCCGGAUUUUGGCUUCUGAUAAGCCUUACAUCUUGGCAGAGGAGCUUCGUCGAGAGCUGCCUCCAGAUCAGGCCCAGUACUGCAUCAAGAGAAUGCCUCCAUACUCAGGUCCGGGCGGUGUUCCCGGGGCCCUGGAUUACACUGCCUUCUCCUCUGCCCUCUAUGGGGAAAGCGACCUCUGAUGCUCUUUCUGUAAUCCCUGACCCUAUCGGAAUGCAAUAAAGGCUGAAGUAUAUAGGCUGUUACCUGGAAA